AUGUGCAUGGAAUUGGAGUCAGACUCCGGAUGUGAUGCAUUAAGGAGUCAUCAGAAAUCGCUUCGGAAAUCUGGCAGAUUUGAUGUGCGGUGCUCAUUAGCGGCAGAGACGGGUUGUAAUCGCGCUCACAAACGGAAACGGGCGAGGCGUUCUUCAGAGUCGGCUCCGGAGCUAGUGUACACGUUCAUAGAGCAGGCGGUGCAGCCCGGUGCUGCAGUCGCCCUCAAGUGCUCUGCCCUCGGGGAUCCGCCUCCGCGCUUUCGAUGGACCCUGGAUGGACAACCCAUUCCCUCACAUCAUGGGGCCUCCAUAUCGGAGGGCCGUGAGAGUGGUCCCUCGGGCGUGGGGGGCAGCCAUAACUACGUGGUCUCGACUUUGUCAUUGGGGGGUGCAAGAGUGGAGCACGGAGGCCGCUACGAGUGCCGCGCCGUCAACUCGCACGGCUCUGUAGCGCACUUAGCCCGUCUCAACGUUUACGGUCCACCAUACAUACGAGCAAUGAACCCAGUGAAGGCCGUUGCUGGGACGGAAAUUUCAGUCUGGUGUCCGUACUACGGCUUUCCGAUCGACUCGGUGAAAUGGGAAGGAGGAAUGGGUUCCGAUCCGAGAUAUCAACAGCAAGACGGCCGUUUGACUAUUAUCAACGUGGACAAGAGCAGAGACCAAGGCGGCUGGACCUGCUCAGUCAUGACACCGGGAGGAGAAUUAGCUAGAAGAGAGGUGCAAGUGUCGGUGGUAUCGCCGCCGGUAGUAUCGCUAUCGCCACCGCCCGCCCUACGCGCCGCCGACCGCGCCCAACUUACCUGCACCGUGACAUCGGGCGACAUGCCCGUCUACUUCUCCUGGCUCAAAGAUCGUCUGCCGGUCUCUACCGCGCUACAGGUGGAAGAGCGUGGCGCGGAGUUCUACAGCAUGCUGGUAUUCAAACGGGUUUCGGCGGCGCACAGCGGCGUAUACACUUGCGUUGCCACCAACGCCGCCGGACGAGCCAACGCCUCCGCCGAGGUCGCCGUCAAAGUGCCGCCGUAUUGGCAAACGGAGCCGACGGACGGCGCAGUUUUGCUCAACGGGUCCCUCACCGUGUCGUGCGACGCACGAGGCCACCCGCUUCCCACUGUCUAUUGGACCAAACUUACCGGAAACACAGAGACAGCUUUGGGUGCCGUAUCAGAGCCGGCCGUGCUGAGCAAUGGGUCGCUGUGGUUGGCGGCGGCGCGUGCCGACCACUCCGGCCGAUACCGCUGCCGUGCCGAUAACGGCGUGCCGCCGCCACUCUCCAAGACCCUCAAGAUACACGUCAAUGAGCCGGCGCGGUUCGAGUCUCAGUCGGCAAACGUGUCAGCGGCGCAGGGUGAGUCUGUGCGGCUGGUGUGCGUGGUUCGCGGUGACACGCCGCUCGCCAUCGCCUGGACGCACGCCGGCCGACCGCUCCCUAACUCCGACUACAGGAUGAGUAUUUCGGAGACGCGUAGUGCAGAGGGUCUGCGCAGCGAGCUGGUUGUAGAGCGCGCCGGAAGACGGGACUCCGGCGUGUACCGCUGCCAGGGCUCGAACCCUUAUGGCCGCUCAGACCACUUCCUGCAUCUCGCUGUACAAGAGCCACCCGAGCCACCGAGCGACUUUCGUGUGGUGGAGACGACUUCUAGAUCGGUGCGAGUGUCAUGGCGGCGACCAUACGACGGCAACUCACCCGUGGUCUCUUACGAGCUGCAGUAUCGGCCGCAUACGCACCUUCCCCCUGCAUCCGACGGCUGGUCUGACGCACGAGCGCAUAAUGUGUCGGUCUCCUCGCCCUCCCACGACGCUUAUUCUGAUAUGGAAAGCGCCACUAUCGAUUCGCUGGAGCCAGCCACAGCCUAUUUGGUGCGUGCUCGUACGCUGACAGCACAAUUUGCGUCUACACAUACCCGUGCCGUGUUGGCCCUCACGCAGCACGAGCCACCUUCCCGCCCACCCCUCGGUCUGCGUGCAUCCGCUCCACGGCUUGCCACCGUCGAACUUGCCUGGCAGGCGCCUUCGCAGUCGUCAUGGAACGGGGAGCUCCUGGGGUACACGGUGUGGUGGUGGGUUUCGGCGGACGGUGCGGUGUCGGGCGGAGCCAACGUCGGUAUGGAGUUCGCCACAGUCCGGGGAAAGGUCACGAAGUACAUCAUUGAAGGACUGGAACAUUACACAAGGUAUUCAGUGAGCGUCAGAGCUUUCAAUAGUGCCGGCGCCGGACCGGCCACUCCCCCAGUGACCACGUUGACUAAAGAAAGUGUGCCAUCCGAGGGCCCGCGAGCGGUCCGCUGUAGAGCGGUAUCGCCGCAGAGCCUCAAAGUGGAGUGGUCUCCGCCUCCUGCUCACGCGCACCACGGAGCGCUGUUGGGUUAUAAACUUCUAUACCGGCCUGAACUCACGGCGGAAUGGAUGGAGUGGGACGUGCGGGGUGCCAGCGGGGCGAGCGCUGGAAGUUGGGGCGCAGAGGUGAAGCGGGUAUCGGGCGUGGAAACGCUCGUACUGGCGCUGCAGCCACACGUCAACUACACCGUGCAGGCCUUGGCCUACACCGCCGCCGGAGAUGGCGCUCCCGCCCCGCCUUUGCGCUGUGCCACACACCAGGACGUUCCAGGACCACCGGCCGCCAUAAAAGUAGUGGCCACGUCCGCUACAGCUUUAGCGGUCAGUUGGCUGCCACCCGUGAGGCCCACUGGACCGCUCCUCUAUUACACCGUCUUCUAUAGAGAGCUGGGCAGAGAGCGACCGCCGCAGACGACGAGAGUGCCUGCCGAGGACGGCGAAACGUUGCUCGGUUUAGGCGGAAUAGCCGAGCUGCGACCUCUAGCCGAGGGCGCCACUUACGAGGCCUGGGUCACGGCGCAUUCCGCCGCCGGCGAGGGCGAGCCUUCAGCUCCGCAACCCGCCACCACCACCGCUAGAGCGGGUGUGCGCGUGCUAUCGUUCGGCUUGUGGACUCGAGUGGGAUGCGGUAGGGCGCUGCAACUGGCCUGCACCUGGCGCGGAGACCCCCCUCCCAGGGCCCGCUGGCUGCGCGCCGACCGCCCUCUUACGCACGACCCGCGUGCCCGACUCACGCCGCUCGGACAUCUCGCUCUACACGGUCAGUGA